CCUGCCUGCAUGUGACAACUGCAUCUGUUGUUCGCAACGCACCGAUAGCAUGUCACUCGAGAUGUUCCUGAUCUUGCUGCUAGCUGCCUCUCUCACCCUUCUGAUUCCGACCGUAAAUGGUCAAGAGGAAGCGGCAGCGGAACCAACACCACAAACCGACUGGCAACUCUGCGCUCAUGGAUCCAGUAGAUCUCGUGCUCACACCAAUAGUAUGGAGUGGACGGCUCGAACACCGACAAGUGGCUUCCACAUCCCAUACUGGCAGGUACCGUUCGGCGAAGGACCCGAAUUGGCCGGUGGCGUCAACCAAAGAGUCAGAGACGGCCACAUCCAUGUUCCACUCCUUGGAGACGUCCAGUACAAUGGUAACCCAGAUGAGCCAGCUGGUGGCUCACUGAAGCGCUGGUCACCGGCUCUAGUGUGGGAGAUCGACGGUACAACGGGCAAGACAGUCCGUCUCUAUAACCUGUCAGAAUACGCAGACUGCUUCAAUUCGGUUCUCCGCUACACAGACGACGGAUACCCAGUAGUGGCCGGAUAUUCCCAUCACGGCUAUACCAUUCUCGUUCUCGACAAGGUCAGCACCGGUGUUACUCGUUACAGCGCCGGUUCCGUCGAGCCUCAGCUGCUGCAGAUCUCUACGACCGAUCCCCCGCAGAUCUUGUGGGGAGACAUCGAUGCGGACGCUGCCGUCGACUUAAACGGACACGAAGUCCAGCCGAACACUAUGGUGAAAACGACAGCAAUAUCCGCCAUCAUUUGCGGCGCCGACGGACACAGCAUCUAUAACGAUGGCUUCUUCAAUCACGACACAGGAAUCUAUAGAUUCGAGUUGCCUCUCACGUCCAACAGUAAAGCGUCUCUCUUUAUUUCCGGCUGCUAUACCAAACCGUGGAUAGUUGCGUCUGACACUCAAAGGCGAAUAUUCGCUCAAUGCCAAACUUCGAAAGAGAUUCGAGCGUGGGACAGAAACGGUCACCAGCUCUGGUCGGUAUCCAUGAUUUUCCCUUGGCUCUCCCUUUCCGACGACGAGAGAGUGGUUCUCGUCGGUGACAGUAACAAUUGGGUAGGGCUCGACAGCAACACGGGCAAAGCGAUGUGGCGGACUUCCGCCUCUGAGGCGUUCGGCAACAACGUAUCUUGCAGUUACUCUGCCCAACCGUGGGCUCCACGUCAUCCCAUCCCAUUCAACGACGGCAGUUUGGCCUUUCUCUGUUCUGAGAACAAAGUGGCAAAGAUGAUGGUGCUGUCUGUUGAGACCGGCAAGGCAAUGUCCAGGACGGCAGAGUUCGACUUCGCGCCGGACAUGAUAACGGCAGACGCGUCAUACAAUGUGUACGCGUACGGCUCGGUGAACGAUCUAGUCACAGUGCAAAAGAAGUCCCUUAGAAUGUAGUUGCGGACCUAUAACUUCCCGUAUUUUCUAAAACGUAUUUUUCGAUGUUUUAUGUCACGUGUUUGAGGAAGUAGAUAUUUUUAUGUUCGCGUGUCUUACAAUGUGUUAUAGCGGUUGCAGAAAACAUUAUGACCAGAUUAGAAUUG